UGGGAGCGCGGCUCAGCUCGGCUCGGCUCGGCAUGGGGGGCCCGCGGCGCCUGCUGCUGAUCUCCAACUCCACCCUGCACGGAGGGGGGUACCUGGGCCACUGCCAGCAGCACAUCCAGAGCUUCCUCGGGCAGAAGGUGAGGCGGGUGCUGUUCAUCCCCUACGCCCUGCACGACCGCGACGCCUACGCCCGCACGGCCAGGGAGAAGUUUGAAAGCCUGGGUUAUGGGCUGGACAGCAUUCAUGAAUCUUGUGAUCCAGUGGAAGCCAUAAGGAAAUCUGAAGCAAUAUUUAUUGGAGGUGGGAACACAUUCCGUCUCCUGAAAGCCCUUUAUGACAACAGUCUGAUACAUGAGAUCAGGAAGAGAGUUCUUGAGGAUGGGAUUCCUUACAUGGGAUCCAGUGCAGGAACCAACGUUGCUACCGUCAGCAUCAAUACCACCAAUGACAUGCCAAUUGUUUAUCCACCUUCCCUGAAGGCUCUAGGAUUAGUUCCUUUCAAUAUUAACCCCCACUACCUGGACCCAGACAUGAAAAGCACUCACAUGGGUGAGACAAGAGAGGAGAGAAUCCGCCAGUAUCACGAAGAACCAAACACCCCUCCAGUUCUGGGCUUGCGGGAAGGUACGAUGCUGUUAGUGGAAGGAGAUAAAGCCACGCUGCAAGGAGUGACAGGAGCACGUCUGUUUUUGAGGGGUAAGAAACCAACUGAACAUGAGCCUGGAGCAGAUUUCAGUUUCCUCCUGACUGACAGCAAUCCCAUCAGUCCAUAGCCUUCCAUAUUCUGCAGCAAAAAUUACUGUAUGGGGAAGACAAUGAGGAAGAACCAAAGACAUGCUUGUAGUCCCAGGGUGGGUGGGGAACUGAAGCUUUAUGAAUAAAGAUAAAUAUGCAUUA